UAUUUAAGAGUGGAGCUGCACUGACCUGUAGACAGAGACCCGACUCGACCUGAGUUCACAGACAUGGAGACCACAGUGCUGGCUUUGAUGCUUUGUCUGGUGAUGACUUCUUUUCCAACGGAGUCUGUGAGAAUUCCCCUGAGUAUGAUGGACAACUCGAUUGAUGACAUGUACAACGGCUGCAGUGAUGCAAUGGCUGAAAAGGUCAAGAAUGAAUACUUCCCCAGAGAGAUGAAGAAGAAUGAGUUAUUCAAAAAGGCCUGGGAGAAUAAAGAAAAGACUGCAACUAAAAGCAACAAGACACUGACCAAAGAGCAGAACCAAGCGUUGUUGGUCUACACUGGACAGGCCCCUAAGGUCUAUGAACCCUUUAAUGCAGUGGUUCGAGACAGUGCAGAUAAAUAUGCCACUAAUGAAUUCACAUACCACGCUUUACACUACUGGCUGACUACUGCUUUACAAGAACUUAAAUCAAAUACAUGCCGUAUCACCUACAGGAGAAGCAAACAAGAAUUUACAGGUGAAGUCAAUCAAGAAAUCCGAUUUGGUUAUUUUGCCUCCUCUUCGCCCAGUCCCAGUAAGACAAGUUUUGGUAUCAAAACUUGCUUUCAGAUUGAGACUUGUUUAGGUGUGUCCAUCAAAGACUAUUCGCUCUAUAGUAGUGAAGAUGAGGUGCUAAUCCCUCCCUAUGAGAAGUUCAAGAUCACUGAAAUUGCGAAGGACACUUAUCAAAAGCUGAAAAAAUGUGAAAAGAUCUAUGUUCUGAAGAGUACAGGGAGCCAGAGUAACCUCAACUGCAAGGCAACUUAGCAAGACUUUUCUUUUUCAUUUUUAUGCAUUUUUACACUGAACAAACACAUGAACUGAUCCAAAAAAUUCAAGUCUCAUAAAAGAGUGAAAAGUCUCAUCACUACUGGACGUUCUGGGCAAUAUUAGUGUGCAUGUUUAAAACUUUCUCAUAAGUGGAGGGGGUGUGCUCUUAGAAACAUAUGAAAGUUGUGUCCCACUUAAUCUGUACUCUGCACUGAAUUCAUACAAUGUAACAGCAGCUUGCACAUAUAACACGCCAUUAAAACAUAAAAAAAUAAAAGGCUUAUAAAAUAA